CUGCCUGGCUCCCUCGCCGGCUAUCGCCCGCCCAUGCCUGUCCGAACCUGAGCUAGCGCCGGUUCCGCGAAGCUCAGGGAAGAGGGGGACCGGACUCGGCCGCAGCUGAGCAUCGCGCGUGUGGGCGGCAGGGCCGCUGCCUCUCUGACCGCAGCACCACCUGUCGCGGGGUAAGACUUCGGGUGAAAGGAAAGAUGUUGUCCCGGUUGAGAAUAGUUGCUACGCCCUGUACUCUCGUGUGUCGUCAUAUGCACAUAAGAGAAAAAGGCAAGACACUCAUGUUGAACCCAAGAACAAACAAGGGAAUGGCAUUUACAUUACAAGAACGACAAAUGCUUGGUCUUCAAGGACUUCUACCUCCCAAAAUUGAGACACAAGAUAUUCAAGCUUUACGAUUUCAUAAAAAUGUGAAAAAAUUGAAUGGCCCUUUGGAAAAAUACAUCUAUAUAAUGGGAAUACAAGAAAGAAAUGAGAAGUUGUUUUAUAGAAUUCUGCAAGAUGAUAUUGAAAGUCUGAUGCCAAUUGUAUAUACACCAACAGUGGGUCUUGCCUGUUCCCAAUAUGGACACAUCUUUAGAAGACCUAAGGGAUUAUUUAUUUCAAUCUCAGACAGAGGUCAUGUUAGAUCAAUUGUGGAUAACUGGCCAGAAAAUCAUGUUAAGGCUGUUGUGGUGACUGAUGGAGAGAGAAUUCUGGGUCUUGGAGAUCUGGGUGUCUAUGGAAUGGGAAUCCCAGUAGGAAAACUUUGUUUGUAUACAGCCUGUGCAGGAAUACGGCCUGAUAGAUGCCUGCCUGUGUGUAUUGAUGUAGGAACCGAUAAUCCAGCACUCUUAAAAGAUCCGUUUUACAUGGGCUUAUAUCAGAAAAGAGAUCGAUCACAACGUUAUGAUGACCUGAUUGAUGAGUUUAUGAAAGCCAUUACUGACAGAUAUGGACAGAACACACUUAUUCAGUUUGAAGACUUUGGAAAUCAUAAUGCAUUCAGGUUCUUGAGAAAGUAUCGAGAAAAGUAUUGUACCUUCAAUGAUGAUAUUCAAGGAACAGCUGCAGUAGCUCUAGCAGGUCUUCUUGCAGCACAAAAAGUUAUUGGUAAAUCAUUCUCAGAACACAAAAUCUUAUUCCUUGGAGCAGGAGAGGCUGCUCUUGGAAUUGCAAAUCUCAUAGUUAUGGCUAUGGUAGAAAAUGGCGUCUCAGAAGAAGAGGCACAAAAGAAAAUUUGGAUGGUUGACAAGUUUGGUUUAUUAUUUAAGGGGCGGAAAGCUAAAAUAGAGAGUCAUCAGGAACCAUUUGCUCACUCAGCCCCGGGGAAUAUACCUGAUACUUUUGAAGAUGCAGUAAAUAUACUCAGGCCUUCAGCUAUAAUUGGAGUUGCAGGAGCUGGCCGACUUUUCACUCCUAGUGUAAUCAAAGCCAUGGCUGAUAUCAAUGAAAGGCCUGUAAUAUUUGCAUUAAGCAAUCCUACAGCAAUGGCUGAAUGCACGGCAGAGGAAGCAUAUACACUUACAGAGGGAAGAUGUUUGUUUGCCAGUGGCAGUCCAUUUGAGCCAGUGAAACUCAGUAACGGGCAACUCUUUACACCAGGCCAAGGAAACAAUGUGUAUAUUUUUCCAGGUGUGGCUUUAGCUGUUAUUCUCUGUAACACCCGGCAUAUUAGUGACCAUGUUUUCCUAGAAGCUGCAAAGGCUCUGGCAAAUCAAUUGACAGAGAAAGAGCUAGCUCAAGGGAGACUUUACCCACCACUUGCUGAUAUUCAGGAAGUUUCUAUUAACAUUGCUAUUAAAGUUACAGAAUACCUGUAUGCUAACAAAAUGGCUUUCCGAUACCCAGAACCUGAGGACAAGGCCAAAUACAUUAGAGAAAGAAUAUGGCGAAGUGAAUAUGAUUCCCUGCUGCCAGAUGUGUAUGACUGGCCAGAAUCUGCAUUAAGCCCUCCCCUGAUAACAGAAUAGAGGCACACCCACUGAAAAAUACUUUCCAUGCUUCAGGGAAACCCCUCCUUUUUUCUUUUCUUUUUUUUUUUUUUUACAGAAAAAAGAGAUAAUGUUCUCAAAUUCGUGGUAUUUUCCGGUUUUGUUCUCCCCCACUGCUUUGCUUGACUUUUUUUUUUUUCCAUGAAUCUGUACUUCCAUAGAGGAUCAGUAUGUUGGCUACAUUGUGAAUGCCCACCAGUACUCUGCAAUCAAAUAACCAUAAUGCUUUUCUUCUGAUUUGUAGCUCAUACCACAUCAAAGAGAUGUUACAGAUGUAUUUGUAAAUGUCUUUACUUGUGCUAUUGUUCAUGCUUGCCAAAGUAUUUGCUAUUUACUACUACAGUAAUAAUCUUCUCUCCCCAGCUCUUUUAGGGCUACUAAAAUAGAAAUUUACUUCUGUGGAUAUGAGCAUAGAAUUUUAAGAAGCCAAAUUUAACCAGAUUAUAAGGACAAACUGUCAGUAUCUAAAAGUUCUUUUAUUUCAGCCUCAUUUUAUCUUCAUGCUCUGAAAUUCCUUUCCAGUUGAUAAAUAUAGAGAAAUGCGAAAAAUCUACCCUGUUAUUUAUUUUCUGGACCUAAACUGAGGCUUAACUAUAAUAUCAUGAGAGAGAAAUGGGAAGUACUGCUGUCUUUAGAGAAAUAAACAAAAUAGUCAUUGUUUUCAACAGUGUAUAAAAAUCAUAGUGUAACUUUUUUAUUUAAUAAAGGUAAUAUCUUAAAUUUAA